GGACUUGGCUGGGCCUAAAUUCGAUCCGCGGUCCGGGACCGGCAUCUGGGCGAAGCUGCCAUGCGUCCAGGCGGCCGCGGGCGGCCCCGGCUACGGCCCGGGGAACGCGGCCUCCUGCAGCCACCUUCACCGCCCAAACGCCGCCUGCUCCCGCGGGCUCAGCAGCUGCCGCUGCUGCUGCUGGCGCUGGCCGUGGCCUCGGCGUUCUACACCAUCUGGAGCGGCUGGCACCGCGGGACUGAGGAGCUGCCGCCCGGCCGGGAGCUGCGGGGCCCACUGAUCGCGAGCCUCCCCGAAGCCCGAAUGCGGAAGGUGGUGGGGCAACUGGACCCACGGCGGCUCUGGAACACUUACCUGCGCCCCCUGCUGGUUGUGCGAACGCCGGGCAGCCCGGGCAAUCUCCAAGUCAGAAAGUUCCUGGAGGCCACUCUGCGGACCCUGACGGCAGGCUGGCAUGUGGAGCUGGACCCCUUCACAGCCUCCACGCCCCUGGGACCGCUGGACUUUGCCAAUGUGGUGGCCACACUGGACCCGGGGGCUGCCCGUCACCUCACCCUCGCCUGCCAUUAUGACUCGAAGCUCUUCCCAUCGGAGCCAGCCCCGUUUGUGGGGGCCACGGAUUCGGCUGUGCCCUGUGCCCUGCUACUGGAGCUGGCCCAGGCCCUGGAUCAGGAACUGAGGAGAACCAAGGAUCAGGCAGCCCCGGUGACCCUGCAGCUGCUCUUCUUGGACGGCGAAGAGGCGCUGAAGGAGUGGGGACCCAGGGACUCCCUCUAUGGCUCCCGGCACCUGGCCCAGCUCAUGGAGUCUGCGCCCCACAGUCCCGGCCCCACCCGGAUCCAGGCUAUUGAGCUCUUUAUGCUUCUUGAUCUCCUGGGAGCCCCUCAUCCGACCUUCUACAGUCACUUCCCCCGCACAGCCCGCUGGUUCCAUCGGCUGAGGAGCAUCGAGAAGCGCCUGCACCGUCUGAACCUGCUGCAGGCUCACCCCCAGGAAGCGAUGUACUUCCAGCCCGGGGAGCCCCCCGGCUCCGUGGAAGAUGACCACAUCCCCUUCCUUCGCAGAGGGGUCCCGGUGCUCCACCUCAUCUCCACACCCUUCCCCUCUGUCUGGCACACCGCUGACGACUCGGAGGCCAAUCUGCACCCCCCUACGGUACACAACCUGAGCCGCAUCCUCGCCGUGUUCGUGGCCGAAUACUUGGGGCUCUAGCCCGCAGGGCUGACUCUGAAGGAAAAGACCGAGCAGGGAAUGUGUAGCAGGGGCCUCGGAGCCAGCGGAGCUCAGGCUGGGCCUACCUCUGGUGUGCUGGCUCGUCCUAAGAAAUGCCUUUGGCUCUGCUUGUGCUGUUCCUGGAAGACCCUCUCUCCUUUGAGUAUCUCAAGCUGCCACUCUUCAGAGACGGAAGAGGCCGCUGUGGGUGAGAGCCACAGGAAUAAGAGCUUGGGUCCUGCUCCGAGGGAGACAUUGGGCUGGAAAAGUUCGCAUGGGCAACUGCUAUUCUUGGUUUUAGUCGGCAAAGCAUGGACUGGCAGAUGGACCAGCACCACCACCCAACCCAGUGAGUUCUCUGGGGCUGUUUUGGGGGCAGUUCAUUCUCCACAGCGUCAGCCUCGUUACUGCUACGGGUCCAAACCCGGAGCCCACGUGGAUGUGCUCGCAAGCAGGAGCAGGAGAUGGAAGCCAAUACUUGGGAACUCCAGGUUCUGCAGACCCAGCAGGCAAUAAUCUGGUGUUUCUGCAACACAUUCUGCAGAACGACCAUAAUAGGUGUUGCGUGAAAAAAGGGACCAAGGAAGGAGGGUGAGACAUUAAAUGAGUUCAUUGCACAAUGUGAA